AUGCCACGCCUCAGAGGCAGAGGAAGCUCUCGGUCGGAGGAGACUGCAUCACACGAAAGUACGCCAACAGGGAGCACGGCAGCUACACCAGCUAGCGAGGACGGCAGUGGCACGUCACGCUCAGCAGCGAACGAGUCGGACGAGUGGAGCGCGAGCGCACUCGGUGCGGCACUUGUUCAGGGACUGCGAGCACUCCUCGAAGACGUGUCCCUAAGCUUUCAAACCGAGUCAAGUGGUGAGCGACCUAGUCAACGGCGCCGUUCGCGUCGCCAACACCUGCAGUUCCAACGCUAUGCAUCGAGUCGUCUGGCUCCGAACGUCGGGGUGAACCGUGCCGCUAUCCAAGCGGAUAUCGCUUUUCCACAAGCGCUCUGGCAGCUGGAUGAGUCAGGACGUGAACGAGAACGCUCGAUUGAAGACAUCGAGAGAAUGGAAGCUGUUUUGACGUACUUGAGCUACUGGCUAGGCGAGCGCAACGGAAGUCGCGUGGUGUACGGCUCGCAGCAGCGUUUCCGGAGCCCGUUGCAUGAAACGGACGCUGCUCUGCGCCCAGUUUGGGCGAUUCGCCUCGGCUCGGUUCCUGACGCCUUGAGAGCGCGUGAAUGUACCGCAGAGGCGGUCCCAAUGCCGGGUCUAGCAACCAAGAGUCGUCUGUGGACCGAGCCGCCGCAGCUGCUCGCGGAAUGUCAUCGCGAGCGUCUGGAACAGUUCCUGCAUCUCUUGCUGCCGCCGACAACUGAGUCGAACCUGCCACUGGAUGCUCAAUAUUUUUCAUCUUUCUGGUAUCGAUUUUUAUUUCUAGAGAAGGAGCUCCUGCGCUCUGUGGACGUUCGUCAGCCAACGGCACCUCCGGUGCAUUACUCACAGCCGCUCAGCGACGGUGAUCCGCGAGCUGCCUCUGAGGCCGCUGGGAUCAGUGCAGCUACCUCUACCGACACUUGUUCAAGUUUUCAGCAGCCUUGGUCGCGACUUUAUCCAGGUGCAUGUAGUACACGAGCGCCCGGAGCUGCAAGUCGAUCCCUACCCUGUGGAUUCCAUGACGCUGCGAUGGCGUCUCUGCAGGAGCACUAUGUUCCGCAGUUUCCGCUGCGCAAACUCGAUGUCUACUCAGCGAGAGCGUACGGGUGUCGCUUUUUUGAUGAAGGAAGACUACUCGUAACGAGUUGCCAGGAUCGACGCCUCCGCUUGUACGACACCAGUGCUCUGGAUGUGUUCGAGUGGUGCGGCGGUUCACCGGAGCACUCGCUUUUGGAGCGAUGGGAGCGACCUCCUUCGGAGCAGGAUUGUCGCGCUCGCUUGCCGGUAAGCGAGGUGAUCGCUCGGGACCUUCGCUGGACCGUAACCGACGUAGACUGGUCUCGACAAGCGGACGGCACCAGUUGGCUCGCGUACGCUUCGAUCACGCCACGUGUUUAUCUGGUUCGGUUGGAUGCAGUAGAGGCGCAGCAGGCGCUGAGUUUUGCGGCACCUGCGAAUCUCGUCCUUGACCAGAGCAGCAGCGAAACCGGUGCAGCAGCCGGCUGGACUAACUUGCUUGAUGCAGAGAACUCCUACGGCCUUGGGAUAUGGAGUGUUCGUUUUCGACCUGAUGGAUCGGAACUGGUGGCGGGUGCCAGCCACACGGGUCAUGUUUUCGGUGAUCUCGUCGUUUAUCGCCUGGAGCGGCAAGCGCCGGUGGCAUCACUGCGAGCUCACCAGGAUGACGUGAACAGCGUGGCGGUAGCGGGGGCAAACCUCAUCCUCAGUGCUGCGGAUGACGCCUAUAUUCACGUAUGGGAUCGUCGAGACCUUCGCCGGCCUUGCGGCUCCUUUGUGGGCCACACCGAGGGUAUCACACACGUGUCGUGGCGUGGAGAAGAGGUCGCUCCGCAACUCCGAUGCGCAACGGACCUGCUUGACCAGCGCUAUGUGGUGAGCAUCGGCAAAGACCAGCGAUGCAAGCUAUGGGAUAUUCGUUUGCUGCGAGAAGCGAGUCAGGUCGAGCGGCCGCGUCCAACGCAUUACGACUACCGUUGGAACGAUAUGGUGAAUCCGCCACUCGAUAAUCGAAGAACCCUUCGCGGGGAUAACUCGCUUUACACAUUCAUUGGUAUGCGGGUUUUGAGUACCCUGAUUCGAGCCUACUUUUCGCCUCUGUCUACAACGAGUGGGCGAUACAUUUACACCGGAAGCCAAGAUGGGCGCAUUUGUCUCUUUGAUACGGUGAGCGGCAUGCCGCUCACGGCACUGCGUGGACACGAAGCCGCAGUUCGAGAAAUGAGUUGGAGUCCGCGCCUGCCCGGAGUACUUGUCAGCGCUGGUUGGGAUGGUCAGGCGCUCAUCUGGCGACCGGCUGGUGUUGAAGAUCACUGA